AUGGCGGGACUAGCGCCAUUAGACGCGCAGUUCCACCGCGCCGUCGACCUCGUGCAGAGCCUCCCCAAAAGUGGGCCAGUGCAGACGAGCUACGAAGAAAAGCUGCAGCUCUACUCGCUGUAUAAGCAGGCGACGGACGGCGACAACGCGGCACCCAGGCCCGGUAUGCUCGACAUGCUUGGUCGGGCCAAGUGGGACUCGUGGGCAAAGCAGAAGGGCCUUUCAAAGCGCGACGCAAAGGCGCUCUAUGUCGGCGCGUUGUUAAAGAUUCUGCAACGAUUCGAGGACCGCGACCCAGACGCACGCGCGUGGACCCGCGAACUCGAAGCAAUGGGGCCUCUCCCGCGCGCGCAAUCGCCCGCGUCUUCCGAGAGCAGCUUCCACUCAUCCCGCGCUUCGCCGCCUCCAGACACCAGUCCAACGGCGUACUAUCCCCCUCCUGAUCCGGCGCUGCCCGCGCCCGACGUAGCGCCGAACAUAAUACCCCCCAGUGCCCUAACGCCUUCUCAUCGCUCCCUCGUAAACCUCCCGCCCACGACAUACCCGUACUCUGAUACGGGCAACGCAGCUCCGCUUGCGCCGAGCAUCAACUCGCGCCCGCAGAGCCUGUUCGGCGGCUCGGUGCCUGACCGCGACCAUCUCGCGGCCCUGCGCGCGCGCCGUCAGACUGCGCCCGUCGUAGGGAUGGGAGGGCUAGGAUACGUUCCCGAGAGUCCUGCAGGUCAAUCGCAACCCCUCCCCCAGCAGCAGCAACAACUCCAACCUCCUUCGAGACCGACAUCGCGCCAGCCUUAUAUACCGAUUGCCCCGCCACCGUUCGGACCAUACGUGCCCCAGCGUUUCCCCUCUGUUCCUCCCGGCGGGAAUGCGCCGUACGUGAGAGACUUCGGGACGCCAGACAUCCCCUUGGCGGGAAUGACGGGAAUGCCCAACCUAGCCGGACAGAGCCCAUACCACCCCAGUCCAUUUGCGCGCCCAGCGAGCGCAAGUACGUUCAGCGGGCAACCGCUCAACCUUCCCGCGACGCUGCAGCAGAUCCACACGUCUCUGCAAGCGCUACACGAACGCCUUUCCACGUUGGAGCGGACCCAAUCCGCCCUUCUGCGGCGGGAAGAGAGGCGCGAUUCACGUGGAUGGUGGCCCUUCUCUUUCAGUGGAGAGGAAGAGGCGCUUGACGAUGCCGAGAUUGCUGCCGAGCCACAGACAAGUGAAUGGGAGCAGUACGACGAGAACCGGCGGCAGUGGGCCCCAUACUCGCCCCACAGCCAUAGCACGACCAUCCGCCUGCGUAAGAAGAAGGGGUUGACGGCACGGGUUGCAUGGGCACUGAUCACGGCUGUACGCCGCGCCGUCAUUGGCGUCGGCGCUGCUGUGCUCGUUGGCAGUAUUGCGCUCAUGUUUGUCACGCCGCGAUGGCGGCGGACGCUGCAGAAUGCGCUGCGACGCACACGGUUGCGCGUGGCGCGUGCGCUGGCCGACCAUUAG